AUGAAAGAAUCAAUAAAAAGAAAGAUUGCCGAAGAGGAUUCAAAAAGAGAGAAAAAUGAAAACAAUAAUAAAAGUGUAAAGAAACAAAAGAAUGAAAAUAAUAAGAGUACAAGCAGAGUUGCUGCAGCAACUACACCACAAGUUAAGGAAGAUGAUAGUAUAUUUAUAAAGAAGCGUGUUCUCGUUAUGUCUACACGUGGUAUCAGUCCAAAGAAUAGACAUCUUAUGGGUGACCUCUUGGAUCUCAUCCCACACUCCAAGAAGGAGUCAAAGUUGGACGAUCGUAAGUCACUCUCACUCAUCAACGAGUCCUGUGAGAUGAAGAGUUGCAACUAUGCCAUUCUCUUUGACUCUCGUAAGCAUACCGAUCUCUAUCUCUGGAUGGCCAAGACACCACUAGGUCCAACCAUCAAAUUCGGUGUUUCAAAUGUUCAUACAUUGGAAGAAUUACAAAUGACAGGUAAUUGUUUGAAAGGAAGUAGACCAUUUUUACAUUUCGAUGCAACAUUCGAUGGACAACCACACCUUCAGUUGGCAAAGGAGUUGUUGACACAGAUCUUCAGUACUCCAAAGGGACACGUAAAGAGUAAGCCAUUCUUUGAUCAUGUAUUCGCAUUCUUUUAUCAAGACGGUCGUAUUUGGUUCCGUAACUACCAGAUCUCCGACCACGAGUUCAAGAAACAAGAGCGUCUUCUCACUGAGAUCGGUCCAAGAAUGAUUCUCCACAUUUCAAAGAUUUUCUCUGGUGGUUUCGGUGGUCAAGUAUUAUAUAGUAAUCCAGAGUUUGUUUCACCAAAUGAUAAUCGUAUGAACCAAAAGACAUUAAAAGCAAACAAGUAUGUCAAGAAAAUUCAAUCUAGAAAGGUUUCAGAAGAAAGACAUAACAGCGCAUUUAUUGAGCCAUCUGAAGUUGAAAGAUUAUUUGAUGAAGACUAUCACGGACUUGAACAAUAG